AUGCGCAUUUGCCCGCCUCUGUUUGGCUGCCUGGAACCUUCCUGCAUGUGCCUCUGCUUCUUUUCUCUUAUUCAAGACCUGCUAGGAACCACAAUGAAUUCUACCGUGCUGCCCCCCGGCACCUUCUGGGGCCAAUAUCAGGAUAUCACCAGAUUCAAUACCCACUUGAGCGUGGCAGAGAGAUUGUGGGUCGCAUGGUAUGCGUGGGUGCAGAAUGAUGUCCUGGCCACCGGCAUCAUGUCCUUCGUCAUCCACGAGCUGUUCUACUUCGGCCGCUCUCUUCCGUGGAUCUUCAUCGAUAGCUUGAGUUUCUUCAAGAGAUACAAGAUUCAAAGUAGCAAAGUACCUUCAUUACUCGAGCAAUGGGAUUGCGCCAAGUUUGUGCUUCUGAGCCACUUCACCGUCGAACUUCCUCAAAUCUGGCUUUUCCACCCAACGGCCCAGUUCUGCGGUCUAUCAACAUCCAUUCCUUUUCCGUCUCCCUGGACUAUGAUAUAUCAGAUUGCAAUAUUUUUCGUGAUGGAGGACACUUGGCACUAUUCUUUCCACCGAGCUCUUCAUUGGGGUCCACUCUACAAGGCUAUUCACAAAAUUCACCAUCAGUAUUCCGCACCAUUUGGUUUGGCCGCCGAAUAUGCUUCUCCUAUUGAAGUGAUGAUUCUCGGCUUCGGGACCGUCAGCUGCCCGAUCCUCUGGUGUGCUUUCACCGGUAACCUGCAUAUUCUCACUAUGUAUAUCUGGAUUGUGUUGCGCUUGUUCCAGGCUAUUGAUGCCCACAGUGGCUACGAAUUUCCUUGCAGUCUUCACCAUUUCUUGCCUUUCUGGGCUGGUGCUGAUCAUCACGACCUCCACCAUGAGAAAUUCAUUGGGAACUACUCAAGCAGCUUCCGCUGGUGGGACUACCUCCUUGACACCGAAUACACUCCGGAUGCCCUGAAGCGCCGAAGAGGGAAAAAGGUGAAGGCAAAGAAGACAGAAGACACAAUGAUCUGA